UCUUUGUGUUUCUGACAUGCCCACCAGUCGCCCUGUUGCUGUGCUCAUCCUAAUAUUCCUCUCAGCAGGAGCAGCGACCACAGUCGACGACAGCUACAGCGACUUCACAGAGGAAGAAAACUCUCCUCAGCUCGACUACAAAGACCCAAAUUGGUGUCGUCCUCUGAGUUUGAGCCAUGGAGAGGUGACCUGUCGCUCCUCUAGAGGUGGGGGCCAUGGGGGCAGAUUAGGGGCCCUCUGCGAGAUGAGCUGUGAUCGAGGGUACCGGCUGCUGGGAAGAAAGUCGAUCCACUGCCUUGCCAACCGCCGCUGGUCUGGGACCGCCUACUGUCGCAAGAUCCGGUGCCACGUGCUGCCCCUCAUCCCACACGGCAGGUACACCUGCACCCAGGGCUUCGUCGUGGACUCCAGGUGUGACUUCACCUGCGCCCCUGGCUAUCGGAUCGAGGGGGAACACUCACGCACCUGCCAGCCCAGGGGGUCAUGGAGCGGGGCGCAGCCAGAGUGUUCAGAUCUCGAACCUCCAAAGAUCAAAUGUCCACCGUCCAGACUCAAGGUCGCCGAGCCAGGGAAGCUCACCGCCACGGUGACCUGGGACCCCCCCACUGCCACAGACACCGCUGACAAGUACCUCAAUGUGAUCUUAAUGGGUCAGGAACCUGGCACUGAAUUCAAAGAGGGACCAAACAUUAUCCGCUACAAGGUGUACGAUCAGGCCAGGAACCGAGCCGCCUGCAAGUUCAUCGUCCGUGUUGAAGUGAGAAGAUGUUCUGAACUACCUCCACCUCUACAUGGUUACCUCAGCUGCUCCUCUGACGGGAAUAACUACGGAGCCACGUGCGAGUACCACUGUGAUGGAGGGUACGAGCGCCAGGGCAUGUCCAGUCGGGUCUGCCAGCUCAACCGCAACUGGAGCGAAGGUCCCGCCGAGUGUGUUCCCAUUAAGAUGAAUUUUGAUGUGAAGACCACCUCCGCUCUCCUGGAUCAGUUCUACGAAAAGAGAAGGCUGUUGAUCCUGUCGGCUCCCAACAUAUCUGACACAGACUACCAGCUGCAGAACAUCAUGAUACAAAAAUCAGACUGUUGGUUAGACCUGCGACAGGUGACGGUCAUCGAACUCCUGGGCUCCCCGCCUCGCGAGACGGGUCGCAUCAAAGAAAACCUGCUUCACUCUGACGUCAUCGAGGGUUUGAGGCAGGCGUUCAGAAUCUCCAGGUCCUACUUCAGCAUGGUGCUGCUGGACAAACUGGGUCUGGACCGAGAGCGCUUCAUUGUCCCGGUGUCGUCGGAUGAGCUGUUCUCCGUCAUCGACAGCUUCCUGCUGGACGAGGAGGAGCGGGAGAAACUCUAGCGCCUCACAGAUUUCUGUGACUAAUUUAAUAAAAACUCCACGGGGUGUCAAUCUUUUCCAUCGAGACGAAACGUGGAUCAUCGAGCAGCCAGAAAGCGGGUCUGGAUGGACUUUUGAUAACAACAGUUCCUCCUGUUAACACUGAAGUGCUGGAGCUGUCCACUCAGUAUAAAAAGUUAAU